AUGUCCCUCUUCAACCCCCAGCCCCACAUCCGCCAGCGCCAGAUCGCCCUCCAGAACAUGGCUGGCAAGGAGUUUGUCUACCUCCGCAAGCCCGGAUCGAAGCCCAUGUUCGCUGCCUACAUGGCCCUCUUCACCGUCGGUGUUGUCGGCAACGUCUUCCAGCUUGUCCAGUACGCCCGCGGCAAGGCCACCAAGGUCGGCGAGUAA